GGCGCGAAGAAGAGCUGCGGAGGCGGAGCGCCAACUCCAGCGGGAAGACUGAGACCGCGACGCUCCCGGAAAGCACGCAGGGCCGAGGAGGAAACAGGGACACCCCCAACGCAGCGCCUCCGCAAGUACAAGUCUGGGUCCCCGGAGCGCGCAGGAAGAAGGCGCGGAGGCAGGUAAAUGCUGAGGACCCAGGAUGGCGUGUUGACUCUUUCCAAGGAUGUGGGCAGGGUGCUAGGCUCACGGACCUCAUGAAAGCAAAAGGUCUGGACCCCGAGCUCAUAGUGCUCAGACCCUGAGACUCCCAUCCGCCCACUCUACCUGCAAGCUUCGCCAUGGCCACCCAGAAUGGGAACACCAGCUUUGCAACCAACUUCAAUUCAUCUCAAGACCAUGCCUCCUCCCUUCCCUUCAACUUCAGUUAUGGUGAUUACGACCUCCCUCUGGAUGAGAGUGAGGACAUGACCAAGACUCGGACCUUCUUCGCAGCCAAGAUCGUUAUCGGUGUGGCACUGGCAGGCAUCAUGAUGGUUUGUGGCAUUGGCAACUUUGUCUUUAUUGCUGCUCUUGCCCGCUAUAAGAAGCUGCGCAACCUCACCAACCUGCUCAUCGCUAACCUGGCCAUCUCUGACUUUCUGGUGGCCAUUGUCUGCUGCCCCUUCGAGAUGGACUACUACGUGGUACGUCAGCUGUCCUGGAAGCAUGGCCACGUGCUCUGUGCCUCUGUCAACUACCUGCGUACCGUGUCACUCUAUGUCUCCACCAAUGCCCUGCUGGCCAUCGCUAUUGACAGAUAUCUCGCUAUCGUUCACCCCUUGAAACCACGGAUGAAUUACCAAACUGCCUCCUUCCUGAUCGCUUUGGUCUGGCUGGUGUCCAUUCUCAUCGCCAUCCCCUCCGCCUACUUCACAACAGAAACGGUCCUCUUUAUCGUAAAAAACCAGGAGAAGAUCUUUUGUGGCCAGAUCUGGCCAGUGGACCAACAGCUCUACUACAAGUCUUACUUCCUCUUCAUCUUCGGCAUCGAGUUCGUGGGCCCCGUGGUCACCAUGACGCUGUGCUACGCCAGGAUCUCCCGGGAACUCUGGUUCAAGGCGGUGCCUGGUUUCCAGACGGAGCAGAUCCGGAAGCGGCUGCGCUGCCGCCGGAAGACGGUCCUGGUGCUCAUGUGCAUCCUCACCGCCUACGUGCUGUGCUGGGCGCCCUUCUACGGCUUCACCAUCGUGCGCGACUUCUUCCCCACGGUGUUCGUCAAGGAGAAGCACUACCUCACGGCCUUUUAUGUCGUCGAGUGCAUCGCCAUGAGCAACAGCAUGAUCAACACCGUGUGCUUCGUGACCGUCAAGAACAACACCAUGAAGUACUUCAAGAAGAUGAUGCUGCUCCACUGGCGUCCCUCCCACCACGGGAGCAAGUCCAGCGCCGAGCUCGACCUCAGGACCAGCGGGAUGCCGGCCACGGAGGAGGUGGACUGUAUCAGGCUGAAGUGACCCUGUGGUGUUUCACACUGGAAAAUCCAAGAGCCAGUACUUAAGAGCAAAUUUUACCGAUAACCACGUUCACAGGCUGCAUGAGGCAAGGGCAGGUGGGUCCAGGCCUCACCGCCCUCGGUUCUGGAUACUUCACAGGCAUAACAAGCAACGAGACCAUACACAAACCACGGCAGCUGACCUUUACAGUGAUAUCUGCUAAGCACCUACUGUAUGCACAACCACACCAAUGAGACUGCACAAGUAAUGGCAACUGACAUCGACUGAGCAUGUACUGUGUGCUAGCCACACCAAUGAGACUAGACAACGGCAACAGGAGCUGACGUUUAUUAAUUACUGACUGUGUGCAAAAGUAUUUAAAUAACAAAACUAAACGGCAGAAUGGCCAGACAGAGGCCUCAAGUGGUCACCUGGAUUCACUCUCCAUCUUCCCUUAUUCUGUAUCUUAUCAGGGCAGGAAUGUCAAAAGGCAAUAAAAUAAGGCACUCAGACAUGAUGGAAGUGUAAAAAUAAGCUUGUCAGAGUACGGGGUUUAUAGCCUCAUGGGAAGAAAGUUUAUGCCAUCACGUUGAGCUUUCCCACCCAAGUCCUACUACCUCCCUAGGACAUUCUCUAGGAUUCUGGCAGCCAGAGAAGAAUUUUUCUCAUAGCCAGGUCAUUGGUUAUCUACAGUGGUGUAAUUUCAAAGUGAAGAACCAAAAAAAUAUUUCCCAGUGAUGCUUGAAAGCUCAUCAUUCUUUUGGGUGAAGACAGAUAAUCCUGAAACGAAGAACACAGCCAGUUAAUGACACCUUAUGUAAAGUAUUAAAGAGAGCCUAGUGUCAAGGAGGAAGGGGUCAGAAAAAGGGGUAGAGCUUGCUACUGGCAAUGAACAUAAUCUGUGUGGCUGUUUUGCUAAGGUCUGGACCACUUUUCUAGAACAAACCCUCUUUUACAAAUGAGGUCUACUAGGAAUCCGAAGGCCUGGUUUCAAGUCUUAACUCACUCAUAUGACCUGGAUGUUUACUCUCCCUGAGUCUCAGUUUUGCUUCAAUGAAAUAAGGAUGAUGAAGAUACUUGUACUGUCUACCUUAUAGGACUGUUGGGAGAGCCCACUGAGGCCAUACUUUGUGAAAAUGUGUUUCAACUAUAUGAGUGAUAAGAAUGGAUAAGUGAUAUUUAAAGUUUGUUUGGACAAGGGAAACCUCCUUUACUGUGGCUUAUUAUGGAGAAACAUUCCCACUUUUUUUAUCUCUAGUUGGACCAGAGACCCCUGAAUUCUUCACAGUGCAGCCCAUAUACAUUGGGGCAAAAAAGGAAUCCCUGUCCUGGAUAAUAAUCUAGAAGAUUCAACCUCAGAGUCUUAGUGACCCCCUUCCUUUCAGCAUCCCUGUGGUCCUAGAAGUGUUGACAAUCUUUCCCUGCAUGUUGUAUACCCCAGGGCCUCAUAAUAUGUUUGUAUUAUGAUACAUCUGUGGUGAUUGUGUGUAUUUGUCAUAAUUUCUUCCUGAUUCAUUUUGAAACAGAGACUAUACAAAUGUACCUAGUUUGGGGUUGACCCAUCCAUAUUUGGACAACUGUUUUUUUAAAAAAGAGAAAGGGUUAUUUAGUUCUUUGCUUGUGGUUGUUUUUUUUUAAAUUAACUUUUGGGUUGUUUUACUCAACAGUGACGUUUCAAUCAACAUUUUUUUCCAUCACCACCCAGCAGACACUUUCAAGCCCAACCACUGUGCUCUCAGAAAAUGUUAGCCUAAGCCAAAUUGUUUGUAAAUUCUGAUUUUACAAAAUUACACAAUGCAUUCUAAACCCAAGCAAGUAAGUAUUGGGGGUUAUCUGCAACUUUGCAAAUAUAAUAAUAACUAUUUUUAUGUAUUACCACCUUCCUGACUCUUCUCCUAGUAAGAUUCUUUAAGAGUAAGCUGUGUACCAGUUGUGUCUGUCAAAAGAAUUCAUCCCCCUUUUUCCUUUUGAUCCUGAAAUGUACUAUCCUCUCUCCAUUUAAAUGUAACCUGAAACAAUUUUUGUAAAUAUUAGUGUGUUUUUAUGGUUUUCCAGUGCUAUGUUGUUAUCAAAUGAAAUAUUAACAUAUGGAAUCUUACCAGAGUGUUACAGCAUUUCCCCCGCUAAUCUAUUAUAUAUGUUAGUAUAUUUAGAUAUAGGAGUAAAUGAAGUAAUAUCUAGCUAAACAGUUCAACCUUGAAACAGAAAAGGAAUUUGUUGAAGGCAUUUUUAGAACAGCAGCAGCGCAUACCAGCAACCAGCCUCAUCUUGGUUACAUUGCUCAAGCUUACAGCCCAGAAGUGUAUUCAUGCAUGCAAAUAAGCAGAGAACCACUACUUCAUGCCUAUGUUACUCCUUCAUUUUAAAAUCAUCUUGUUUGUUUAAUGAAAACUGCUGUUUGCAUGGGAACUGUUCGUUCAUCUAACUGGU